CCCCGCCCCGCCCCGCAGCAGCCGCGCGGCCGGGCGGCCCCGCGCCGCCGGUGGAAUUACUGCCAUGGCAACUCAAGUGCUGGGACAGUCUGGUGGGAACAGCCUCUUUCCUGGCAGUUCUAAUAUUGGCAUGGCAUUGUCCAAUGACAUGUAUGACUUACAGGACCUUUCUAAAGCUGAGCUGGCAGCUCCUCAGCUUAUUAUGUUGGCAAAUGUGGCCUUGACGGGAGAAGUUAGUGGCAACUGCUGUGAUUACCUGGUUGGAGAAGAGAGACAAAUGGCAGAACUGACAACGGUUGGGGACAGCAACUUCUCAGAUAGUGAUGGAGAGGGUAUGGAAGAUACCCAGGCUGCAGAGAGUGACCGUGAGGCACCUGAAAACGUGGAAUUAAGCUCCCUUGAGGUUCCUAGUGUGGAACCUCAAGGUCCAGCUGCUUGUUCCCCUCCUAAGACUCCCAGUGUGGACAAAGAUGCCUCAUUGGAAGCACCGGGUACUCCAGAAAGCACAGAGGACAAGUGUAAGAGCUUGAAGAGCAAACCAUUUCGUUGUAAGCCUUGCCAGUAUGAGGCAGAGUCUGAAGAGGAGUUUGUGCAUCAUAUCAGGGUUCACAGUGCUAAGAAGUUCUUCGUGGAAGAAAAUGCAGAAAAGCAAGCACACGUGAAGGAGUCUGAUUCCUGCACUGCAGAAGAGGUGGAUUUCUCUAAGGGCCCAAUCCGUUGUGAUCGCUGUGGCUAUAACACUAACAGAUAUGAUCACUAUCUGGCUCACUUGAAGCACCACAACAAAGCAGGGGAAAAUGAGAGAGUCUACAAGUGUACCAUAUGCACAUACACUACUGUCAGUGAAUAUCACUGGAAAAAACACCUAAGAAAUCAUUUUCCCAGGAAAGUGUAUACCUGCUCAGAGUGCUCCUAUUUUUCAGACAGGAAGAACAAUUAUAUUCAACAUAUUCGAACUCACACAGGGGAGCGACCCUAUCAGUGUGCGAUGUGUCCCUACUCCAGCUCUCAGAAGACCCAUUUAACCAGGCACAUGCGCACCCACUCAGGUGAGAAGCCAUUCAAAUGUGACCAGUGCAGCUACGUGGCCUCAAACCAGCACGAAGUGACUCGCCACGCGAGGCAGGUGCACAACGGGCCGAAGCCUCUGAUCUGCCCACACUGUAACUACAAAACCGCUGACCGCAGCAACUUCAAAAAGCACGUGGAGCUCCACAUCAACCCACGCCAGUUUCUCUGCCCUGUCUGUGACUAUGCAGCAUCUAAAAAAUGUAACCUGCAGUAUCACAUCAAGUCCAGGCAUCCUGAUUGUUCUGACAUCACCAUGGAUGUCUCGAAGGUGAAGCUACGGACUAAAAAGAGCGAAGCUGAGUUUUCUGAGAGCGGUAAUGACAAAGUGGAGAAGGAACCAAUGAAAGGGGAUUCAGCUGCAAAGAAAACAGAGAAAAUUGUGAAGGUGGAGAAAAAAGAUAAUUCAGCAAAGGAAAAGAAGUCAGCGAGCAAUGUUUCUGCAGGCCAAGUGACAACCAGAAGUCGGAAAUCGGCUUCAGAAAACAAGGAGGUGGAUAUUAAAACUGAGAAAAGUACUGAGAAAACAUGUAAAACAAAGAAGGUCAAAAGAAAGGCAGAGACUGAGGCAACUUCCUCAAAACAAGAGCCUGCAAAUGAUACCUCAGUAGUGACAAAAAAGAAAAAGAAAGUGGAAGCUAAACCCAGAGACUGCCAGGAAGCUCAAAAAAGUGAUGUUGCACCAGAGGAAGAGCCUAAAAAGCAAAAUUCUUGCCUUAAGAAAAACAGAAAAAAGAAAGCUCUGAAAAUUAAGCACAGUAAAAAAAACAGUAAACCUGAUCAGGAGAAGAUUGAGGAAGAGGAGAUGCCAGAUGAGUAUCCUGUUACAAAAGAAGAUGGAGGCGUGAAGCUGGACACUGAGGGCAGUGACCAGAGGGAGCAGGAUCCCACUGACACAGUGGCGUUAAACAGCAGUGGUGGUCAUGGUCUCAGUGGGGAGAGCACUGAUCCCAAAGGAAACUGCAUCCAAGGUCCAGGGCAGCUUUGUCUGCCAGCUCAGGAUGUAAACACAGAAGGUGAGGUAGAGGACCAAGAAAUGCCUGCGGCAGUAGGAGAGAGUGAAGACACUGGUGGUGCAAAAGAGGAGGAGAGACAGGUGGACAAAGGGGAAGACACUUGCUCUGAGGAACCUUCCCAUGCAGCAUCUUCUGGAAAAAGCGUGGAUGUGCUCCUGGAUGUGGUACCAGAUCUGGCACCUGAGAAGGAGCCAGAGGAAACUGUGGCAGCAACUGAGACUAACUCCAGCCUGAUGGACCUGACCAAGACAUGCCUGCCAGCGACAGAGUCAACAGGAGAUGCUGCGCCAGCGCCUGUACCUGCAGCAGAGUGUACACAAAGCCCUAAAGUGGCUCUGUCCUUACCUCGGGAUAACACAGCCGUGAAUGAAUCUCAGGAAAUGGAGGAGGAUGAGGGCAUCCACAGCCACGAAGGCAGUGACAUCAGUGACAACAUAUCAGAAAGGAGCGACGACUCGGGGUUAAAUGGUGCUCGCUCUGUACAAGAGGAAACAAGUCCAAAGAUGUCACAAGGAGCUCCGGACACUGCGGUGGCCAGGGAGAACUAUGUGUGCAUUUUUUGUGACCGCUCAUUUAAAAAGGAAGGUGAAUACAGCAAGCACCUCAACAGGCACUUGGUUAAUGUGUAUUAUCUUGAGAAGGCAGCAAAAGGGCAGGAGUAGAAAUAACUGUGGUUUGGGGAAUCUUCUUUUGUAAGAUCUUACACAGCUUAUGUAAAAAUACUGUAGAUUUUUUUAAGCACUGUUUGCUUUAGUGUCUGCAUUGGUUUCUUUUUUGGUUGGAUUUUUUUUUUUAAGUUGAAAAUAUUUUUGACAACUUUGUGUCAUGGUGAACUCAUUAACUAUUGAAUCUCUUAAUUAGAGAAAGCAGGUAGGGUGUAUGAGGUUGUGUCCUAUAAAGUCACUGUAAGCUUCUAGUCUAUUAGCUUAUGCAGCUCUUUUAUAAACUGAGUUUUAGGAACCAGACUGGAGCUAACAAUAUACAAGUUGGAUGUUUAUAGAGCCACUGGCAUAAGUUGCUUUUUGUUCUAGCAGCCAACUCUCUCUCCCUUUUUCCCUUUCCCUUUUUUAUUUUAGUUCUUUUCAAUGUAUCUUGAUGUUCAAAGUAUUAAAUUAGUUGAUGGUUUUUCUACCAGGAAGAUAGCUUCUAUUACAUAAAGAGCACUUUGUAAAAGAAAUCAAAGUUGGCUAGUGAUGAACAUAACUGUUUAAGCUAAUUACAAUUAUGAACGUACAUUUCAGGUCCCCUAAGUGUGAAUGAUGAGCCAAAAUUUGAGAGCAGUCCUUCCAACUUUUGAUUGGAGAACCUCUGUCUUGAUUAAUAUCUUAAUCACUGAUCUGUAAUUGGCUUUGUUGUGGGGGAGCAAGUUUGUUAUUUUUAAUUCCUGCUUUUUGUUUUUUGAUUGUGCUUUAAGGGCUUAAAAUGUUGCACUUGUUUUUGAUUUUUACCUAUGCAGUUUAAUCUUCUAGGAAUAGUGCUUGUGCAGUAUAUGUACACUUUAUAUAUGCAUGUUUGGUUUUGUAUGUGUAAGUUUUUUUUAUUUGGAAACGUUCAGACUUUUUGCUUACAGUGGGACAGUUUUCUGUGGCAGUUUUCUGUGAUGCUCCUUACUGCAGAUUAUUCUUGUUUUCCUGGGUUGUGAUUAACUGUGCAUGAAGUUGCUGAAAUUAUGAACUGCUUGGCUAUGUAGUUUUUACUGUGUUUAGAGUCCUUGAGCAGAACAAUACCAAUGCAGUUCCAAAACACUUUUACAGGAUUUAUUCUGUCAUGGAAAUGCCACUUCUGAUACUUUGAAUACACAUGCAGAGUAAUAAAUUCUGAUUUAUAAUUUGGGAUCACCAGACAGGAAAAUAAUCUCUCUCAGUGGAAACAGUCUGCAGAUUCUGCAAGUCUGGAAUUUUUUUUUUCCCUUCCAAUUUCAUUUUUGUGGUGGACAGCAGUCAAAUUUCAUGAGCUUUAAAAAAAUAAAAUAGUAGCAGUGAUAUAAUCUAACAUCUCAUACACAAAAAAAAACCAUCAAACAAAUAAAGAUGAAUCAACUGGUAAGCAACAAACCUGGCAUUUAAAAUCUGUAGGAAUUUCUGCUCCAUAUUAAUUCAAGUUGCAUUUAAUAAAACCAUCCUGCUUCCAUGCAGAGAGAAACAUGCAAGUUAUCAGAUUGUCAUCUCAGGUCUGCAUGUCAUAUGAGGAGUUUUUAAUUCUAAACAAAUUUAAUUUCCAGCACACACAAAUGCAAGAGAGAUUGCAUACCUAACUGCUUGUAGCCAACCAGCGGCAAAAUGUAAACAAAAUCCAAACCAGCAGGCAAGAAGCAAAACCCUCCAGGUCUCAUCUGUGCACUCUUCUGACUGUCAUUAGCUGCUUUUCCAGUGGGAGCAGUUGGGGACAGCUCCAAAGAAGCAAAUUUGGAGACAGGUGUUACUUGGGGAGUGGAGUUGAAGAGCUCAGCAUUUGUCAGAGCAUUUUAUUGCAAGUAACUCUCUCUGUGUAAGCUCUGGAACAAACCCCAUUCUUCACAGUGUUGUCCCCACAGCAUCUUCCCCUCCAAACAAACCCACUGCUGUGAGUGAAUUGAGAGCAACAAUGCUACAUUGCUUCUGCUUUUGGGAGAGAUUGGUAAUAGGAGGCCAAAGAUUUGAGAGGGAAGGCAUCCCUCAUGGCAGAAAUAAGUUGUUUAAUGUAUAGUGAGUUUCUGUUUGCAUAGAUAGUGUUCAAUCCUUACCUUGGCUGUGACAAUCAUUGUCAACUCAAGAUCAAGUUGCAACUAUAUUUAUGUUAAACCUUAAGAAAACAAACCUAGUUGAAUUGUUUUCCUAAACUACCAGUUGUAAUAGUUUUAGAUGUAUUUUUUUCUUCAUAAUAGUGUUUCUUUAUAUAUAAAUGUUGCCACCAUUUGUGAGUGAUGUGAGCAGAUGCUGGGAAUUCCAGUGCUGUGUAGAGGUUUAAAGCUCCCUUCCUAUCCUUGCGAAGAGCCUUUGCCAUUUUGUGAGAGACUUCAAGGACUUUAGCUGUGUUCAAGUAAACUCAUGGACUGGCCUGAUAAUUUUUCCUGUUAUUUUUUUAAUGCAAAUGAUGCUGUUAACUGACUUUAAAGUUCUCUCUGUGAGACAAAAGCAAAGGUGAUUCUCUGAAAUACUGUGCUGCACAUUUCUGUGAAGUGGUCAAGGUUUCAAUGCUUGAUCUGACAAGAACUCUUCAAAGACAACAGUUGGCUCCUCUUUGGUGGAGUUUCCUACCUUCCUACAAGAUGAGAAACUGAAAAUAAAUUAUUAACGUAUUAAGAAGAAGAAAAGUUGAUUUUUUCUAUCUGAGACCCAUCAAGAACAUCCUGAACUAGCUAAUCUCGGUGCAGAACUGUGUUGGAAUUCUCUGCAGGGUUUGGGAUUAUGUUACAGUAAAAAGGCAAGGAUGUAAUGCCUUAUGUUUAUCUCAAAUGUUAGGCACUGCUAAUACGAGUAUUUGAGGGGAGUGUGGGUCACGUAGCCCACCAUAUAUGGUGGUCUUACAUUGCUGUGUCUCCCUUUAAACAAUGCCUUUUUUUUUUUUUGGUCUUUUUCAAUAUUGUUAAAUUAUUUUGUGUUGGUUUUGCCAAUGCUAGCAUGUUUGUGUUUUUUGGCAAUAAUACCUGUAUUUGUGUUCAACCUCCAAUAUGUGGUUGGAAGGAUUAGCAUGCUGAUAUACCCCUACACUGCCAGCCCUUGGUUGAGUCAUGUGUUCUGGGCUUUUUCUGCAUGAAUCUAUACAUUCAAACUAACUGCCCCGAAAAAUAGUCAAGAAAUGGCUAGCUAGGCACCUAAAAUCCAUGGUUUGCAAUUGUUGUUUCUGGGUUUUGAUGAUCUAGGCUGGAACUUCAGUCAUUUAAAGAAGAAUGUUUAACAGCUGACAGGCCAGUUAAGAUACAGUAAAGUCAUUGAUUUCAACUGAUUUAAUGUAGCUGAAAGGUAUUAAAUCAAAUUCAAGAGUUUUCUUGAAUGUCAAUUGUGUAGAUAUGUGGCGUGGAUAUGAUAUUAACAGAAUCCAAAUAGCUAAAGAAAUUGUUUUAUGUGUACAUAUAUUUUCCCCCCUCUAAAAUUACACUAGCUAACAAACUUUUGUAAGCUGGCAUGGAAACAUGUUUAUGAUGUUUAGUUGCACCAUGUUUGAUGCUUUUACAGUGCAAUACUUGUAUUCUCUGAAUUAAACCAAAGGUAAUUUCUUUUCAUGCUCUCUACUGUAGUGCAUGACAGUCUUUUCUGCGUUUGUAAUAGAUGUAAAACGAGCCAGAUCAUACUUCCUGUUUUUACCUAAAUCAUGUAUAAGAAGUCUUUUGUUCAAAAUGUAGUAUAAAGUUAAACUAAAUUGCAUUAUAUUAACCUUUACAAGUGUAUUUUCCUAAGCAUAGUUAUGAUUAAAUAAACUUUAUUAAGGAACCUUCA